UCUGCAACUCCUUCACCAUCUGCAAUGCGGAGAUGCAGGAGGUCGGCGUUGGCCUGUACCCCAGCAUGUCUUUGCUCAACCACAGCUGCGACCCCAACUGCUCAAUUGUGUUCAAUGGGCCCCACCUCCUGCUGCGUGCGGUCCGGGACAUCGAGGCAGGAGAGGAGCUCACCAUCUGCUACCUGGACGUGCUCAUGACCAGCGAAGAGCGGCGGGAGCAGCUGAGGGACCAGUACUACUUCGAGUGUGACUGCAUCCGCUGUCAGACCAAAGACAAGGAUGCUGACAUGCUAACCGGUGAUGAGCACGUGUGGAAGGAAGUUCGAGAAUCCCUGAAGAAAAUUGAAGAACUGAAGGCACAGUGGAAGUGGGAGCAGGUGCUGGCCCUGUGCCAGGCGAUCAUAAGCAGCAACUCGGAGCGGCUUCCAGACCUCAACAUCUACCAGCUCAAGGUGCUCGACUGCGCCAUGGACGCCUGCAUCCACCUGGGCCUCCUGGAGGAGGCGCUCUUCUACGGCGUGCGCACCAUGGAGCCCUACCGGGUCUUCUUCCCGGGCAGCCACCCCGUGAGAGGCGUGCAGGUGAUGAAGGUCGGCAAGCUGCAGCUGCACCAAGCCAUGUUCCCCCAGGCCAUGAAGAACCUGCGGCUG